CUCAAAUAAACAUGCUAAGCUAGCCGCCACGAGAAAAGAAAACAUAAAAUGGGUCAUUUACAAACAUUUUAAGGCGUGUUUUGUUAUAAUAAUCUGCCUUCAUCUUUCUGACACUGGGGUUAGUGCUAAAUAAAUUAGGUAGGAAUUUAGGAGAUAUGGGGCUAGCUAUCUAAAAAAAAAAGUCCCCACGUGAGUAGCAGACAGGUCAAACAUAAAUGUAACACACAUGGAAAUACAUCAAACCCUUCUGAUCCCAGUUUCAUCAUGCUCCGGCUCUGUGCCCUGCGCAGUCACAAUCACAGACUGUUUUAUCAUGGCACUGUGUGUCAAGACCAUGUUUUGGGGCAGCUCCAAGCCUGCAUGGCAGAAGACCAGCUCUUUGACGUGGUAAGCAAGAACAAGGCGAAGCUCUCUGUCAAUCAUGUGAGCUUUGCUGUGGGACUACUGUGGCAAUUUCAAAGGGACAAACCAGAAAUUCUGCGGACGGUCAACCGGAUUCGGUCUCAUCCCCAGUUCCUGACACUUCGAGUCCUGGCUGAAAACAAGAUUAGCUUAAUGGAUGAUGCGACGGUGGUGGACAUUCUUUAUGGUGGACUCAGACUUCAGAUUGAACCACAUGAUUCUCUCAUCCAGCAGCUGGUCAUUGAAGCCUGGAACAGAUUAGAAAGGUUUCCUAUGACAACUGUGUCAAAGUUAUCUAUUUGUUUGAAUGACCUGGGGCUGCACCAUAGUCCACUGAUGGGCCACAUCACUGAGAUUUUGAAACAGAGACUGGAUUCAAUAGAAGAUGCCAGAGUGUUAACUACGCUCAUGAUCAGUGUGUCGUCGCUGCUGUCUGCUGACUUACGGGACGCGCUGAUUGAAAAAGCUGAGAUUCUGUUGGACGGCAUGGACGCAUCACAAUACAACAAUCCCAGGAGGGUAGUCCAAUUCCUCAGACACAUGAAGUGUGUCCAUCGGCCCUUACUGGAAAAGUGCAGCCACAUUCUCCUGAAAAGUGUUCCCAGUCUGGAUGUGGAGAAUCUCAGCAUUAUAAUGACACUGUAUCAGUCACUGCCGUUUAGCAACUGGGACUUCAGACAGGCUGCCAUGCAGAGGCUGAUGGAGCUGAUGGACUCAUGCACUGACCCAGACUCUUUUACAAAACUUUUUAUUGCACUGGGACCCCUGGCAGGGCCAGCAACCAGAGAGAGGUUGGAACGUACAGCGCUGGUGUUGGCUGAUCAGCUAAACGCUCACCAAGCUCUGGUGAUUGCUGAGGCACUGGAGGAGAUGCAGAGCCGCAACUUUCAACUCAUUAAUAAGAUUGCAUCUGUAAUGCAUAGGAAUCUGGAAGUGUAUAGACCAGUGGAAAUUGCAAAGAUCAUCCAGGCACUUAUUCUACUGCACUGUCAGAGUCCUGAGCUCUACUCCAGACUGAGGAGCAUAGUGCUCCGUUACUUGCAGACCUGUGUGCACAUAUACGAGGUGAUCAUGCUGACCCGUGUGCUCGCCAUGCUGCCCUCUGCACGUAUCGAGGAGUCGGUCUUCUCUCGCAUUGAUGCGGUGUUGCCUCAGUGUAGCCUGAUAGGACUAAGUUCACUCACGACGGCCGUUGCCAAAUGGAUGCGAAAUGACCCCUCCUACAGCCAGAGCACUCACAGCAGGUACGUGCGUCUGCUGCAGAACCUAAAUCGCUGUGCACGUGACAGAGUUCACAAAGCCAAGAGACUGAACCAGCUCAUGGAGGAGCUUAAAUUCAUGUCAGGGGAAUGGUUUGAGGAGAUGAUGCUUGAGGAGACAAUUGUAGUACUUCAGGAAUUGGCAGAUCAGCUCACCUGGAUCAACUUGCUCGACCUGGUCCUCUUUUUGACCAGGACCACCUACCGCUCUGCUCCAUUGCUGGACCAAAUUGCCAACGUAGCCUUAGAGAACACACAUAAGAUUCAUUAUUCUGCAGUAUAUGUCACUUUGCUCCCAUUUGCUGUGCUUAACUAUGACUCUCCGAAGGUGGAUGAGUUAUUUGAUGCUUACAUUCAACAAUUCACUCCAAAAAUUAGUUCAUUUGACCCUCAUAUGCUGGUCCUGUUGGCUUAUGUCUUGGCUCUGACCAACCGUUUCCCCGAGCCAUUGAUCAGAGAAAUAUUCAAAGUGGAUUUCCUAGCCAAGCUGGACGCACAACUCGAGACAUUCUCAAGUACUCAGAACAUGCGAGUGCGUUCGCGUCUGAUGCAGCUCAACCGAGCCGUGUGUCUCGAAUGCCCGGAGUUCCAGGUGCCCUGGUUCCACGAGCACUACUGCAUGCAGCUCCACAGAAGAGACCACAACUCGGUCAAUGUAGCCCAGCAGCAGAUCCACAGGAUGCUGGGAGAAGUGCUUGGAGGCAUUAACUAUGUCAGAGUAGCAGUGUUGACUCCAUACUUCUACAAUGUUGACUUCGAGUGUGUCCUGGAUCGCAAUCAGCAGGCAGUGCCUUACAGCAAACUGAGUGAACUGCAGAUCAAUGAAGAUGGCAAGGUGCAGUGGGACUCAGGGUCCGAGAAGGAGAGGACCGAACUACCUCCAGGAGCUAAGCGCAUUGCGUUAGACUUCCUGAAUUCCAAGUCCUUCUGCAAAAACUCGCAGCACAUUAAAGGAGACGUUCUGAUGAGAAAGAGACAUCUGGAGAUUUUAGGGUAUCAUGUUCUGCAGAUUCCACACUUUGAAUGGAAUUCGAUGGAGCUCUCAACACCAGAUGCCUGGAAGGAAUAUUUAAAAAAGAGGUUAUUUACAGAACUAGCCCCUUAAACUGCUUUACUCUUUUUAGGAUAUCCAUGCUGGUAUAUUUAUCUGGGAGACUGUGGCUACUGAUGGACUGUAUAUCAUGUGCAAGUGUCCUGUUUUUCUUAUGUUAUGAGAAUACAGAGAAAAACCACAUUGCUACUA